AAUGAAGAGAAAACAACAAAUAAAUCUGAAGUUCUGCUUUCUGAUUUGAUGACGGUGUGAUGAGCUGAUAACAGCAAGCAGAGUUGAGUAAGAUGAGAAAACACAGGCUGAGUAAACGUACCUUUGAAACACACACUCAGCUCUACAUACACACCAACAGAACAAGCCCCACGCUGCCCUACUUUCUGAUGAUUUACAGGAAUUUGCCAAUAGUUGAGUUGAUCAAUAACUGAUAAAUCUCUGUGUAAGUCUGCCGGUCAGUCAGGUCUCUCAGUCAGCGAUGUGUCCUCGGUGCCGCCGGGAUGAAGGUGUGUGUUCUCCUGCUGUGUGUGUGUUGUCUCUGUUGGAGGACGGAGGCUCAGUCCAGAACGUAUCUGAUAACAGCUCCUCUCACGCUGCACGUGGACGCCGUGGAGACGGUGGUGCUGCAGUUAUUUGGUUAUUCAGGUGAGGUGAGGGUCCAUGUCUUCUUGAGGCCCUCCAUGUCUCAGCCUCAUCUGGUGGAGGAGGCCGUGACCCUGAACAGCCAGAACAACUACCAGGCUGCCGUCAAAGUCCAACUCUUCCGAGGGCAGCUGAAGGAGAACAUGAAGCAUGUGAUCCUCCACGUCCAAUCAGCAGAGUUCAACCAGAAUGUGCCCAUCGAUGUCAGCCGCUCCAACGGCUUCCUGUUCAUCCAGACCGACAAACCGCUGUACACGCCGCAACAGAAGGUCAAGGUGAGGGCGUUCUCCCUGAACCAGGAGCUGAGGCCAGCCAAUCGCAGCGUGUUCCUGACCUUCAGGGACCCGGAUCAUAAAAUAGUGGACAUCGUGGAGAUGAUUGAUGUCAACAAUGGAAUCCCUUCCAUGCAAAAUCCCUUCAAGAUCCCCAUCAGACCAAAGUUGGGGAUUUGGUUCAUUGAAGCUGCAUAUUCUAAUGAUUUCACCACAACAGCAAAAGCAGACUUUGAAGUUAGAGAAUACGUUCUUCCAAGUUUCUCCAUCCUGGUGGAACCACAAACGAACUUCAUCAGCUACGGAAACGUCAAACAUUUCAACUUCAAGGUCUCAGCCAGGUAUCUCCACGGUGCUCCGGUGGCUGACGGCGAGGUGUUUCUGCGUUACGGCUACGUUACCAAGACGGACACCAUUAUCAUCCCAAAGUCCAUAACCACUGAGAGAUUGUCCAAUAGAGGUGAGGUGGACGUGACCGUCAACAUGGAGGAGGUGCUGUCCAAACACAGCGAACCCAAAGACCUCAACAGUGUGGUGGGGAAUUACUUGUAUAUCACUGUACUACUGCAGGAGAGUACAGGUGGUAUCUCCCAGGAGGCGGAGUUUACAGCAGUGAAGUUUGUCAAAUCACCGUACAGACUGAGCCUGGUGUCCACGGCCCCUUUCAUCAAACCUGGACUUCCUUUUAACAUCCAGGUGUUGGUGAAGGAUCACCUGGACAAGCCGGUGGACCGGAUUCGGGUUCGUCUGGUGGAGCGACAGCUGUGGAGACAGGGGGACGUGAUCGAGGACCUGCCCUGUCCUGACAGCUCCAUCAGCCAAUCAGAUGGCCUCGCUGUCUUCAUCUGCAACACUCCACCUGAGGCUAUCAAAACUGUGCUGAAGUUUGAGACGGCGGACACCGCCCUCCCAGCUGCCAGUCAGGCCAGUCUGACUCUGGAGGCGAAGGCCUAUCACUCUCCGAACGAGCGCUACCUGUACAUCGACCCGCCGAUGCCCAGCCAAGGUCUGCAUGUGGGACAAUACGCCAACAUCAAGGUGUUCUCGGCCACGCCCUCCUACAUACCUGUCCAAUCCCUCAGCUUCCUGGUGCUCUCUAAAGGGAAGGUAGUGGACUUUGGCACUGUGAGGUUUACCUCCAGAGCUGACCCCAAAACGACUGUGAGUUUCCUGGUGACGAGCGCCAUGGCCCCGUCCAUCAGACUGCUGGUCUACUACAUCCUGUAUGGGGAGGGGACGUCAGAGCUGGUGGCCGACUCUGUCUGGCUGGACGUCAGAGACAAGUGUGUCAGUGGACUUCAGACCGAGCUGUCAUAUCAGAGGCAGGACUACAAACCGAAGCAGAACCUCCAGCUGGACAUCAGGACCAAUCAUGAAGGCCUGGUAGCCCUGUCUGCGGUAGACUCCGGCCUCUACACCUUGCGACCUAACUACCGAGACCCCGUUACCAUGGUGCUGCGUCACAUCGAGCAGAGCGACCAGGGCUGCGGAGGGGGCGGCGGCAAAGACAGUGCAGACGUCUUCCGAUUGGCCGGCCUCACCUUCCUCACCAACGCCAACGCCCACCCGUCAGCCAGCAACGAGCCGUGCACAGCAUUAGUGCGUCCAAAACGAGCUCUGAGUGAAGAGGAAAAGACGAAGAAAGCGGAGAGUUUCGGGCAGCUGAAGAUUUGCUGUGAAUGGGGAAUGAGGCACAUCCCAAAGAGCGUCACCUGCACUCAGUUUUCCAAGCAGCUGAGGAAAGUUCGCCAGCCCUGCCGGGACGCCUUCAAGGAAUGCUGCGAGUUCAUCCAGCAGGAUCUGGACCGGGACCCGCACCUGAUCCUGGGACGCCACGACUUGGGGGCUGACUUCGACCUGGCUCCUUCUCUGGUGCGGACCUCCUUUCCAGAGAGCUGGCUGUGGGAGGUGCAGCGCGCCAGUGGCGGUCCGCAGUCAGUCACCAGGACUCUACCAGACUCUCUCACCACCUGGGAGAUCAAAGCCGUCGGCAUGUUCAAGACUGGUAUGUGCGUGUCAGAUCCAAUUCAGGUGUCGGUCAAUCUGCCGCUCAGUGUGGACGUCCCGCUGCCCUAUCAGGUGGUCAGAGGAGAGCAGCUGGAGCUGAGCGGCUCAGUGUACAACCAGCAGACCAGCAAGGUCAAGUACUGCGUGACGCUGACGGCCGGCCCGGCGUUCUGUCUGCUCCAGUCCAGGCCGGUCGCUGGGGAGGAGGGGCUGCACUCAACAACCUGUGAGUGGCGCACCCUGCUUGCAGGAGAGGUGGGGAAGGUGACCUUCACCCUGCUGGGCCUGGAGCCUGGAGAACACACCCUGACCUUCACCCUGAAGACACCAGAAGGAAACAGAGACAUCGUAACGAAGACGCUCCGAGUGGAGCCUGAAGGAGUGAAGCAGGAGGAUUAUUCUGGAGGGAGACUCGACCCACAGGGACUCUACGGUUCAGAGAAGAGAGAAGUGAGGCUGAAGAACGAACCGCCGCCCAACAUUGUUCCCAACACAGCUGUAGAGAGACUGCUGACGAUCAAUGGGGAAGUUCUGGGUGAAGUCAUGUCUGUGAUGCACAACCCCGAUGGCCUCCGACAGCUCAUCAACCUGCCCGAAGGGUCUGCGGAGGCGGAGUCCGGCACACUCAUCCCCCUGGUCCAGGUGUUCCUGUACCUGGAGUCGACAGGGAGCUGGGACGUCCUGGGAGACGACAUCCAGAAGAACGCACGAGAUAUGAAACAGAAGAUCAAAGAGGGUGUGAUCAGUAUCACCUCGUUCAGAGGUGGAGACUCCAGCUACAGCAUGUGGAUGAAGAGAGAACCCAGCACCUGGGUGACGGCUCUGAUGGUGAAGACUCUGUCCGCGGUGGAUCAGGUCUUCUCUGUGGACCAUCAGGAACUGUCGGACUCUGUGACCUGGUUGAUCCAGCACACUCAGCAGCCGGACGGAUCCUUCAGAGAAAAAUCCGCCUACAAACCCAAGAUGAUGGCUGAGGGGACAGAUGAGGUCGAGCAGUCGGUGUAUCUGACGUCCUUUGUGCUGAUCGCCUUAAAGAAAGCCACGAGCAUUAGGGACCGGAUCCUGCAGCUCCGAUUCCAAGAUAACAGUAUGAAGUCGGCAGUAGCCUACAUUUCCCAGCAUGCCCUGACUGUGAAGAGUGUGUAUGUGCGUGCGAUUGCGACCUACGCUCUGACCCUUCAUGACCCCAACGAUGCUACUGCCAGUCACCUGUUCAACGGCCUGGAGCGCCUGGCCCAACAGAAAGGAAACCCUGUUGUGCGCAGGUACUGGAAGGAGCCCAGCGAGACAGCUGAUUGGCUCAAACCUGACCAAUCCAGCGGGCGGACAGUGGAGAUGACAGCGUACAUCCUGCUGACUGUGCUGCUCAAGGGAAGGAUCCCCUACGCCAACCCCAUCCUGUCCUGGCUGACCCAGGAUCAGCACUACGGAGAGGGUUUCUACUCUGUACAGGACACAGUUCUGACUCUGGAGGCGGUGACAGAGUACAGUCGGGUCAUCCCUCGAGCCGUCCUCAGUCAGCACAUCAACAUCCGCUACAGCCGUAAGGGACCACUGGCAAAAGUCCAGCUCAACCAGACCCGAACUGUGGCCACGCCCAUCGAGGUGAAGAAGGAUGAUGACAUCAUCGUGUCGACUGGAUAUGGGAGGGGCGUGUCAAACGUGAAGAUAAAGACAGUUUACUAUCAGACCACUCCGCCCUCAUCUCAGUCCUGUAACUUUGACAUCACUAUAGAGAUGGUCGGCCCCGACACCAAUUCCCGCCUGCAUUAUCCUCACCUGCUCGCUUGUGCAAAGUAUAAACCUCCUCCUAAUGAGGACUUCACAGAGUCUGGUCUGACAGUGAUGAAGAUCCAGCUGCCGACAGGUGUGGAGGGUUACCUGGAGGACCUGAAACAGUUCAGAGAUACGAUGCCGCCGCUGAUCUCCCACUUUGAGCAGAAAGGAACGACUGUGAUCAUCCAGAUGGACAGCGUUCCCUCUGAUAACUUCCUGUGUGUCGGUUUCCGGACCCGGACCGGGUUCAGGGUGGGCGGAGUCAGCGAGUCCCUGUUCAGCGUCUUUGAGCCUCAGGACAAAGGAAGUAUGUGCACCAAGCAGUUCUCCUACCAGGAGCAGAGGCUGCAGCGCCUCUGUGUGGGUGACCAGUGUCAGUGCAUGACAGCUGCGUGUGCCGCCUACAGAGGAAAACACGACUUGACUCUGACGAUAGACAAACGCACCAAGGAGACCUGCAAGCCUAACAUCAAAUAUGCCUAUAGGGUGAACGUGAGGUCAAUAACAGCAGAAGGAGACUUUACGACCUUCACAGCCACCGUAGCUGAAGUCCUGAAGAACACAGAUAAAGCGUUUGACGCGGUGACUUCAGGUACGGAGGUGGAGCUGGUAAAAAAGAUCACCUGCAGCUCCGUGGACGUCCAGCAGAACAAGCAGUACCUGGUGAUGGGAUCCAGGGGGUCAGAGGUCACACUGGGUCGAAGCGUAAAAUAUCGUUUUCCUCUGGACUCGGAGGCCGUGGUGGAGCUGUUGCCGACAGACUGUAGUUCUCCUGAUUGUUUAGACCACAUUUCCGUGCUGGACGAGUUCGCUCUGGAGCUGCAGUUAUCCGGCUGCCCUGACGCAUCCUAACUCUGCAACAGCCCACAGUUUAAAUUUAACAAUGAGGAGGAGCUUAGAAAGAUAAAUAUAGAAACACUGCUUUAUGUUUGUUUGGACAUUUUAUUAGCUCGCUGUUUAAAUGUAAAUGUUAUUUCCCCUUUUCCAAAUUGUGCCAUAAUUUUAUGAUCUGCCAAUAAAGGUCAAAUAAAA